GACAUGGCAGUGCUUCCGGUUUGAAAAGUUUUUAUUUUUUUCCAAAUUUUGAUUGAUAUCUCCUAAAUUAUGCUAUAAGCGAAGCUUAAACUGAGAUGGCGGGUGCAGUUAGUGUUGGGGACCCAUCCGGGUCGACGAGUAUCAUCAGGAUCAUGGCAAACAUUUUCAUCUCAUUUAUCGGAGCGGGGGUCCUCGGAUUGCCGUUUGCUUUCAAAGAGGCUGGUAUAUUAGAAGGCAGUCUGAUCAUGAUGGCAGUGGGAUUGAUAAGUGUUAAAGCCAUGCUGCUUAUCAUUGACUGUAAAGACAGAUUAAUCAACAAAGAUACAACCUUAAACAAAGGCUCAUCUUGGCUGAAAGAUGGCGCCACUAAAUUGAUAUUAAAAGUCACUGAAGGGACAACUGAAGAGAAAGCAGACCUUAUGGAGAUGGAAGAAAUGAAUGGGGUUGUUAAACAGAAAAAAGAACCAUCCAAACCGGAGGCUCCAGGGCAAGAUCUUACAUAUGGAGAUGUAGGAUAUUAUGCCAUGGGGCACACUGGCAGACUCUUAGUAGAGUUUGCAAUAGUCAUAAGUCAAGUAGGAUUUUGCUGUGCUUACCUUAUAUUUAUAUCUGAAAACUUACAUGAUUUCUUCGAAGUUAUUAAAAAAUAUCAGUGGUUACUCAUCCUGCUACCUCCCCUAGCAAUACUUACACUUCUGCGACACCUGAACAGUCUUGCCAUAUCAAGUUUAUUUGCACAGUGCAGUAAUCUGCUGGCAUUUGGUGUUGUUUUCUGGUUUGACUUCGAACAUUUCCAUGCUUUAAAAGAUAUACACAGGAAAGAGAUCUCACUCAAGGGCUUCCCAUUCUUCCUUGCAAUAGCCAUUUAUUGUUAUGAGGGCGCAGGUAUGAUAUUGUCUCUAGAGUCUUCCGUUGCUAAAGAAGUUCGACACAGAUUCCGACCAUUAUUCAAAAUAACAUUAGUUAUUGUAACUGCUCUGUAUAUAUCAUUUGGUGUGUCAGGCUAUCUGUCGUUUGGUCCAGAAACUGAUGCAAUUAUCACGUUAAAUCUUCCAAAAGGAGAAUCACUGGACUUUGCCUUGAUGGUGAAGUCAUGCCUUUGUCUCGCUCUCUUCUUCACAUACCCAGUAAUGAUGUUCCCAGUCAUUAACAUACUGGAGAGUAAGAUUAUAUCAAAUCCAAAAGAAAAUUUGUGGAAAGGGAAUAUCCUAAGGUUCAGUAUCGUGUCAUUGACAGGGAUAAUCGUUCUUCUUGUUCCUAAUUUCGCCAACUUGAUGGCUUUAGUCGGGGCUGGUUGCUGUACCCUGCUGGCCUUCAUAUUACCAGGGAUCUUCCAUUUAAAAAUAUUCCAAGGGGCAUUGACCAAGUGGAGUUGGACACUAGAUGUAUGUAUUAUAGUCAUAGGAAUUGUUGGGACCAUAAUAGGACUACAAGAUGCUAUACAAAGACUUUUCACCCCAAAUGGAGACUCUGAUCUCGAAAAUUACGACACCACAACAUUAAGCUCAAUAGCUGACCAUGCCGCUAGAAUAAUCCGUAACACAAGCAAUACAGUUCAAUCGGCCACUCAAAAAAUACCAAUCGAGAAAAUAUUGAAAAAUGUGACAAAACUGAAAACACAUUAAUAGGCCUUAUUGAUUUGUGUUACAAAAGAUCUGGAAUGGAAAAUAUAUAUUUUUAAUUAAUCAUUAUAUUUUAUUUAACAUAAUAUGGGAAAAGUUUCAUCUUAACGAUAAUACUGACAGACAACAUGUCAGAUUAUUUAUAAAUAC